AUGACAACGGAAAUGCAAAAUAUCUCCUCUAAAUGUAGAAUUCUAAAGCGCAAGGCGCUCGGGAUGACCCUGGCAUCGAGUUCCGGAAUCAACGCCAAACUACCUCCAGUCAGCUAUACAAAGGCGAUUGAUGUUUGGAUCGGCGUUUGUUUGGCAUUUAUAUUUGGUGCGUUAUUGGAGUUUGCAUUGGUCAACUACGCUGCUCGAAAGGAUAUGACUAAUUGUGGACAACGCAUGAUGAAGCAACUGCCACAAGAUGGCUAUCGGCCGCUGUCUGGAAGUCAACCACGUAACUCGUUUUGCUGUCGAAUUUUCGUACGACAUUACAAAGAACGGUCGAAGCGAAUUGACGUCGUAUCUCGUCUGGUGUUCCCCAUUGGAUAUGCUUGUUUCAACGGAGAAUACAGUUGUGCUCGGGUUAAACUUCUACUUCGUAGGGAGUACAGCUACUACCUCAUCCAACUUUACAUUCCAUGUAUAAUGUUAGUUGUCGUAUCGUGGGUCUCUUUUUGGCUUGACAAGGAUGCAGUGCCAGCUCGGGUUUCGCUAGGAGUCACUACACUUUUGACGAUGACCACCCAAGCGAGUGGCAUCAAUUCCAAGCUACCGCCAGUUUCCUACAUUAAAGCUGUAGACGUGUGGAUUGGCGUUUGUUUGGCGUUCAUCUUCGGAGCUCUGCUCGAAUACGCUGUCGUAAACUACUAUGGGCGAAAAGAGUUCCUUAGAAAACAAAAGAAGAAGACUACGCGGUUAGAUGAUUGUGUUUGUCCUUCGGAUCGGCCUGCUCUUCGUCUUGACCUCAGCAGUUAUCGACGAAGGGGUUGGAUUCCUCUGAAUAGGCUAUUAGAUAUUUUGGGCCGAAACACCGAUCUCUCGCGGAGGGUGGACUUAAUGUCACGAAUCACCUUCCCAUCAUUGUUUACUGCAUUCUUGGUGUUCUACUAUACAUCGUACGUGAAACAAAGCAACCUCGAUUGA